UGCCCGGGGACGGGGAGGGGGGCGCGGUGGCGUCCGACCUCCAGGCGGGGGGCAGAGCCGUCGGCCCAACCCUCUCCUCCGGAGGUCCGUGCGCCUGGCCGUCCCUCGCCGCUGCCAUCCUCACCUAGGCAGCGAGGAAAAGAAGGACGCCACCCCCUCCCCCCCGGAAACGCCGCCGGCAGACCCUCCCGGAGAAGCCGUCGGGGGCGGACGGUUCCCAGCGCCCCCCAAGCCAAGCAGAAGGAGGAAGAGGAGGAGGAGGAGGAAAAGGGUUGCACCGUCCAUUCCGAUUUGGGAUUACUGUAUACCUGCAAGGACUCCAAAGAUGACACUCCUGGCUUCUGAACGAUCCAUGCUGAUCCGAAGCAAAUUCCGCUCCGUUCUGCAGCUGCGCAUGGAACACCGGCGGUCCCAAGAACAGCUCUCCAAACGCCACUUACUCCCAGCGCUCAACAAACCCCUUGCAAGUUUCUCGCAGCCCAAUGGGACCCAGGGCCAGAACAGGGCCAAUGAGAUUGCCAAGCUGAAAGUCUCGCCCCGGCCCCACAAGACCAGCACUGCUAAGGGCCAGCUGUCAGAAGUGUCUCCGGGGGACCCUUCUGAGCUGCAGGACAAAAAGGCUCGCCUGGCUGAAGACCUGAGUGAGAAGAUCCUACACCGCCCUGGACCACUUGAGCUGGUGAAGAAAAACAUCCUUUCCUUGGAUCCAGGUAUCAAGGAUGCUGUGGCAGAUGCAACUCUCGCUGCUCCUGAUUCCUUCACCUUUGAGGAAGAUCUCAGUAGUUCUUCUUCUUCCUCCUCCUCCUCCUCCUCCCCGUGCUUUGCACUGUCUCCUGGAAGUGCCCAUGGGAACCCUUCCACCGCAGCAGCAGCCUUUCAGCUGGACCUCCCUCCGAUCCUGGAUCAGCAGCUGCCUCCUGUGCCGUCAUCCACCUCUGAGGCUGAGUUCCCUCCCCAAGGGGGGAGCCCCCUUGCCAAGCCCUCCGUUUCACUCCUCAAGGCCCCAUCCAAGGUCCCUGAGACCAGGAAGCCCCCGCGCCCCAAGAAGGCCAAGGAGCCGCGCCCCAAAGUGAAGAAGCUCAAGUACCACCAGUACAUGCCGCCCGACCAGAAGGGGGAGCAGGCGCCGGUGCCCAUGGAUGCGGCCUACGCCCGUGUCCUCCAGCAGCAACAGGUCUUCUUGCAGCUCCAGAUCAUGAGCCAGCAGCAGCCCACGCCGACAUCGCCAGCCACCUUCUGCGUCCGAGCCGUGCACGCUGUUCCAGCCAGCAGUGCUCCAGAGCAGGUCCUGAGCUUCGCUGGGACGCCUGCGCCACCAAGUGGGCCUCUCCCGCUCCCCUCUCCAGCCACGCCAACCUCCCCUUCGCCGCCCAAACCGGAACUGCUGCCUGCCAACUUGGAGGAGCUAACGGUCUCCGAACUCCGCCAGCAGCUCCGGAAGCGGGGCCUCCCUGUUUCUGGCACCAAGCCGGCCCUGCUGGAGCGCCUCAAGCCUUACCAGGUGGCUAGGGCCAAGCCCCCACCUGUCCCGCUCUCCAGCGCCCGCUUGGCACCCUCCGACCUAGAGGAGGAGGCCCAGGCCCUGCGGGAGAAGCAGCGGGUGGCUGAGAGCCUGGCGCUGAAACUCCACCGGGAGCAGAAACACCAUGACGAUGACCUCCGAGUGGAGCUGGAGAUGCACAAACGGAUCAAGAACCGCCGCAAGGGAGCACUACCGCCCCACGGCCAGCAGGGGGCACCUCCGCCCUACGUCCCCAAGAGAGAAUGCGCCAAGGAGGGAGGAGGCACAGAAGAUGGCUUCAUGGUUUUGUGCCCUGCCUCCUGUGAGCCGAUUAAUUCUGAUAUGGAGCUGCCCCUUGAAAUAACAGCCAGCCCCCCGGACCCAGCCCCAGCAACCCGUUCCCUGGAGGAGGAGCUCCAAGAAGCCAUCCAGAAAGCUCAGCUGGUGCCAAGCCAAUCGAUCGAAGAUAUCCUAGAGGAACCACUGAUGUGUUCAGGUGACCUUCUUCAAGCACCUGCCUUGAACCCAGAAGUCCCUGAUCGAGUUGCCCCAUCCCCGCAAGAACCGUCACCACCAAAGAAACCGCGGCCCAGCAGCGAACCUCCUUUGGUGACCUCCGCCAUCUUUGAUUUUCCUGGUCCCUACGACUUCCUCUCGACGGCCUCCUCUUCCUCUGCGUCGCUGGACUCACUGUCCUCUGUUUUCUCCCCUGACUCUCUGGAGAUGCCCCCAUCUCCCCCAGAUGCCUGGCAAGGAAACGGUGCCCGUGCUGGAUUUGACCCGGUCGAUUGGCUAGAGGCCUUGACCUCGGGCUCAGCAUCAGGCCUCGGCUCCACCAGUCCUGUUGGGGGCAGCAUCUUCUGCACGGACUUCUUUGAUUCAACCGACCUUGGCGUCAACCACAUGAUAGACUUAAUGGUGGAGCAGUGGUAGGUGGGGUGUUAGCAGCCCAUUCGGAGACCCCAAGGCCUGGAGGGAAAGGGGGAGAAUCCUCUGCGUACCCUGUAAGGCCUUGCCGGCACUGGGUACCACCUUGAAUGGGUGAGAAUGAGAGAGCAGUUUUAACAUCAAGCAUUCUCACGGGUGGUCUUGUUUCGGUUCAUGGCAAGUCCAGUUGCUCUCUUAGAAGAAUUAAGCACCCUGAUGUUUGGGUUGUGUCAGCACCAGGCACCUCAUCUUCAAUGGCCUGACAGUCCCAGAAACCCUUUGCUGUCCUCAGUGAUGUCUCUAGCUUGAGAUGGAUGAAACCAAUCUUUGCAAGGACAGUGGUCCAGCCAGCCUGCUGCAUCGGGAUGGUUCAAGACAUCAAGGACCUUUAUAAAUGUUGGAGAUGAAUUAAAAUGCGUGCCUUUCUGCCAUGCCACCGUGAAGCAGUUCUUUAAAAAAAAAAAGGUUUGGAAGGGCACCAGUUUUCAACACCACCUUCCCUGGAACCUGGGUUCUUAACAUCUUGAAUGAAAGCUUUGGCAUAUGGGUCACGCUACAUUGAACCUUGGAUGCCUGCAUCGUUUCAACUCCAGAAGCCAUUAAUAGAACAGGAAGUGCCAUGGUCUACCCUCAAAGCAUCUUCGAGAGGUCAUGUUGGCUCAGUUGAACCAUGAGAACAACACCAGCUCUGCACACAUCUGUGUGGCCUCAUAGAUCAAGAUGCACACUGGCUUAGGAUGAGAAAUGCAGGUUCUACCUUGGUGCGAGGAGAUACCAUCGUUUUAUUGAAUUAAACAGAGGAAGUGCCAGCUCCGAAACAAUUUGGAUUGUGCCAUCUCAAGCCCCUGACACAAUGGGGGAGAAGCUAAGAUUUCCUGGGGCUGCCCUGAAUGGGCUACACCAGCAGUGGCAACCUCAUGUUUUACUGAAAGUGGGGGGGGGGAGAGAGUGGGAGGGAGGAAAACAUCUGUGUUGGGGACCGAACCAUCUUUUGUGGCCACUCAAAGAGAGAUGGGAUUGGAAGGGCGAAAAGCAGCUUCAACAGCUCGUGCCAUUCUAACCCUUGCUGUCAUUCUUACUUGGUGUUGCAAAGUAGAGGGUGCAUAUGCAGACACAGGGCUCAGGACCACUUCUUUUUUUGGUCUGGGGGUGCGGGGGUGGGAAAGCUCCCAAAGGGAGCUGGAUAUGGAGGGAUCUGUUUUCACAAGGGAGAUGAUCCUAGUAGCCAAAGGUUGCUGGGACAUUUAGGCCAAUGGGCUUGUCGCAGGAUCCGGGCACAGCUAUAGAAACUGCUCAUGUGGAAACAUCUAAGCAAAGGCUUAAUUCUGCUUUAAUUUGUAGCCAUUCCAUCUUUACUGGAAUCCCUGAAAAUUGUGGUUCUGUGAGACUGGCCCAGGGUAUUCUAACAGAGAAUUUCCACCGCUCUCACCAAGCUAAGGACUUAUUCACACUUCUGUUUUCCCCAUGAUUUCUAGGCACGGGUCUGAAAUCUGUCUUUUCCAUCUUGUGGGUUUCCCCAGCAAAGUGCCCUGUUUACUGCCCAAUCAGAACAAAGUCAAUCUGCUGAAAACCCAAUUGGCAUUUGUUCCGAUUCAGCAGUGAACAUCAGGUUUUUACUGGGGAAAUUGGCAAGACUAAAGGGGGAAAAAACCCAGACCCUUGCCUAGAAAUCAUGGGGCAAACAGAAGUGUGAAUAAUAAGUCCUUAGCUUGGUGAGAGCGAUAGAAAUUCUCUGUUAGAAUACCCUGGUCAGUGUGGAUGAGCCCUGUGUUUCUCUGGAGUUUUUGGAAGAAGGUAUGACAAGUUAAACUAAAAUAAUAUUGCCAGAUGUUUCAAAGCAUACAUAGGCUAUUAGGGUGUGCCUGCUGCAGCUACACUCUCAAACUACAGUCUCUAGACCUACAUAAAAACAGGACCCACUCUGUUGACUCACCCCAGUCUUGUCUCACACAAACGACACUCUCUUGAGGACCAAGUGCAGGGGAAAUAACUUUUACUGCUUUGAAGCAGAAGGGACUGUGCAGAGUGUUGACUGGCUGGGCACCUGUGACAUCAUAAGUAUAGCUUCCCCUCCCCAGAGCAGCCUUUCAGCCUCAGGUUUUAAUGCAUGCAUACAUGCACACAUACAGAUACUGUAUAAUUGUAUAUCUGUCGUAAGAAAAAAAAGACACUGUAUAUCGGAAGCAUGCAGGAGAGGGCCAAAACUGGCAAGAAAAUUUGCGUUCCCCAUAAUUUGAAGAGCAAAGGCAGAGGGAAGCUGAGCUCUCCCCCUGCAGGGGCCAAAGAGUGCCGGGUCCUCUUUUUUAUGUAUCUCUGUCUGUAACCUCAGAAAAGUUUGCUGCACCAGCCAUUUCAGCUGUAAAACACUUUCACUUCUGUACUGUCCACACUGUUGACUUGCCAAGUUGGACUGUACGAAAGUGAAGGCGGUUUGAGAGUGUAGGCAUUAAAAAAAA